AUGGAAAAUUACAAAGUCUUAUCCGCUCUCGGGCAGGGUACGUGGGGUGUUGUGCACAAGGCCGAACAAAAAUUAAGCGGUCGGGUUGUGGCAAUAAAAAAAAUCAAGUCUGAACGGCCGGAAGAGGGGGUCAAUUUUACGGCCGUCCGGGAAAUAAAACUGUUGCGCGAGUUCAGACAUGAAAACAUCGUCGAGCUGGUGGACUGCUUCACUACACCUGAUCAAGCUGUGUGCUUGGUAUACGAAUGCGCGUUCACUGAUCUGGAGAAGAUCCUCGGCAACAAAUCAAUAUCAAUUUCGUUGGCGGAUACGAAACAACAUUUGUUGAGUUUGCUACGAGCCAUUUCAGCUUGUCAUGAUCGAUGGAUACUGCAUCGUGAUCUAAAACCCGACAAUAUGCUGUUCUUGGAAGACGGCACAAUGAAAUUGGCGGAUUUUGGGCUGGCCCGCAUGCACGGGACACCGAAAACGAGAUUGUCACCGCAAGCAAUUACGCUGUGGUACAAACCUCCCGAAUUGCUCUUGGGGGCGUCGGAAUAUUCUUCGUCCGCCGAUAUGUGGAGUGUGGGUUGUAUCUUUGCGGAAUUACUUCUGCGGAGACCAUUCCUACAGGGACAAACCGAUUUAUCCCAAUUGGAUACUAUUUUUACCGUUUUUGGGACACCCAACGAAACAAAUUGGGCCGACUUUCAAACAUUACCAUUGUGCACCCGAGGGUUGGAAUGGGACGAAACAACAGCUAUACCCUUUGACGAAAUCUUUACCGCGGCACCCAAGGACGCUAUAUCGCUGCUGCGAUCGAUUCUCGUUCUGGAUCCCAAUAUGCGCUUCACAGCAACGCAGUGUCUCAGCCAUCCCUACUUUUCCAACGAUCCCGUACCGACUUUGAAGGAAAAGCUAGUUUUAACCGCAUAG